AUCACUCAUUUCUCUAUCGCUCUCCCAAAUUUCAAUCUCUUACAGAGUCCUUAAUUCCUUCACAUCUCUCUUUCUCUUCCUCCGUUUUUCCUAGGAAAUGGCAAGAACCAAGCAAACUGCAAGGAAAUCGACCGGAGGUAAGGCCCCCAGGAAGCAACUGGCGACCAAGGCGGCCAGGAAGUCGGCUCCGGCGACCGGUGGAGUGAAGAAACCCCACAGGUUCAGGCCUGGGACGGUGGCUCUGAGAGAAAUCAGGAAGUAUCAGAAGAGUACCGAGCUUUUGAUUCGAAAGCUUCCAUUCCAGAGGCUCGUUCGCGAGAUCGCUCAGGACUUCAAGACCGACCUCAGGUUCCAGAGCAGCGCGGUUGCUGCCUUGCAGGAGGCCGCCGAGGCUUAUCUGGUUGGCUUGUUUGAAGACACCAACCUCUGUGCAAUUCACGCAAAGAGGGUAACUAUUAUGCCCAAGGACAUUCAGCUUGCACGAAGAAUCAGAGGAGAGAGGGCUUGAUCUAUUCUUUAGUCUCUUUCUCUCUAACAUCCGCCUCUCCAUUCUGUUCUGUACUAAGUAUUUGUUCAGUUGUUUCUCUUAGGCUUACAGAGUAUGUUUCAAUCAAUGUUUGGUUCAUGUUCAAGUUGUAAAACCCUUAAUUGUGAUCACUGAUCUGAUGUAAAUUUUCCUUUUGGAAAUGAAACCCAAUUAAGCUAAAAUGAGAAGUGUCUGGUUUUCAUCAGUUAUUCA